CAAAAAAUGUACCCCUUUUUCGCCUCCAGAACUUGAUUUCCGGCCUUAUUCUUGCCAGACGAAAGGGAGUGGGACGUUUGAGUGAUGGUGUGAGGUAAAUGGAGGAGAAUCAAACGGUGAUAAAGUGGCAAAGGAGGUUGACAGAAGAUUUUUUACCAAUUGUCAAGAGCUGUUUAUCAAAGGUUCUCGCUCCUUUGUUCGUUAUUUGUCAAUUAUUUGUUUCUAGAGGAUUUCUAAGGUGGAUUUCCCCUUCGAAUCGGUGUGUAGUUUGAGUGUAGUGUGUUGCAUGGUCCUGGAAGGAAAUGAAUUACUUGGUGCGGCAGAGAUUGACACUCCUGUGACAUGGAUGGCUGAGAUUUAAAACGGGUUAGGUCAUUCAUGUCUCCACCUCUGUUGGAUAUGAGAGAGUCAUGGGAGAACCAGAGCAAGAGAGUGGGGGGAGUCUCAAGAAAAAGUGGGAAAAUAAUGAUGAUAAAGCGAGUGACAUGGAUACCACAGAAGCAGAGGACCAUAGUCAGAAGGGUGUGAAGGCAAAUGAUGAAAAGAAUGAUGGAGGGAUUACCAGCAAGGAAGGGAAUCCUGUUGAGGAGGAAGGACAUGAAUCAGAGGAGGAGGGGGAAGAAGAAGAGGAAGAGGAAGGAGGUGAUGGUGCUGUGUCCAAUGAGGAAGAUAUAGAAGACGAGGAAGAAGUGGAGGAGGAGGAAGAGGAGGAAGAUGAGAGUGAGGAUGAAGGAGAAAAAGGUCAAGGUCACUCAGGAGAUGAGGAUGAGCAGGGUGUGGAGGAAGAAGAGGAGGAGGAAGAUGAGGAAGAGGGGGAGGAAGAAGAGGAUGAGGGAGAUGGGAAUGUAAGUGAAGAAGGAGCUAGUGAUGAUGAGGAGCAAGAAGAUGAGGAAGAGGAAAUUGAUAUUGAAGGAGGUGAUGCAGAGGAGAAGGAGGCUGAUGAUGAUGAUGAUGAUGGUGAAGAAAGUGAUGGAAAGAGUGUUGCUGAGGAAGAAGAGGAAGAAAAAGAAGUAGAAGAAGAAGAGGAAGAGGAGGAUGUAGAGGAAGAAGAAGAGUGUGAUGAUGAAGCUGAUGAACAGUGUCAGGAAGAAGUAGAGGAUGAGGAGGAGGAAGUAGAGGAUGAAGAGUUAGAUGAAGAGGAGGAAGAAGAAGAGGACGAAAAAGGGGAGGAAGCAAAUACACAAGAAGAAGAAAAUGAAAAUGAUGUAGAUCAUAUCAAAGAAAACAGACCACUAAAGGCAAAGAAGAUUCCAGAGAGAGAGAUUACAGAUCAAGAGGAAGGUAAACAAAGCACAGAAAUGAAGGAAAAUCCAACAAGAGAGCAAGUCAUGAGUGAUGAAGGAAGAAUGGAAGUCACCGCAGAUUCAGAAUCCAGUGUAGCAAAGGGCACAGAAACAAAAAGUGCAGUGGAAGGCAGUGCAUCCCCAGAAGAGAAAAAUGGCACAAAUGUCAUAGAACAAGCAGUUGCUCUUGAAGAUUAUAGGGGACAUGAAGAAGAAGGGGGAAGCUCAUUUGAUAGUCCCCCGGAGUUACGGCAGAAAAGGGGUGCACAGUCAGCAGAAAUGGAGGCAGGCGCAGUGGACACAGAAGAUUUUCCCACUGAUAAUCUUCUCAAAGAACUUCAUUUUCUCAAUGCAAGUUGUGAGAAGCCUUCAGUUUGUAAGCCAAGCAAUAUCCAAGCUCUGAAGACCCCUAAGAAGCAAAAAAAACUGGAAUUCCCUUCUCCUAGAAUGAAUGAAGAAAGCAGGGUGCAAGACGAAAAAGAUGAAUCUGUUACCAGAAGGGUCUCAAAGAGAAAGAGAAAACCUAUCAGUUACAAUAUUAAAGAGAAACGGAGGAAAAAAAGCCCUUCUGUAUCAAAGCCAAAAGGACAAAACCAAGAGCAGAAUGAGGAAGAGCAGGAGGAAAACCAGGAGAAAGAUUGGUUUGAAUCAAUCAACAGGGACUCGGAUGAUGACGAUGGCUGUGGGCUGACCAUUGUUGCACAGGAGGAGCAGCCCAAGAAGAGGAAAGCUUCGCCACAGAAGCGACCUAAGAAGAGGAUGCGAACAGAUGACGAAGGGCAUGUGCCACAGGAAGUCAUUGAGCUCAUCCAGUCCGGCAUUGAUGAAGUCUUAGAAGAGAAAGCAGAAAGGACUCACCUCACUGCAAAUCAUGUCAAGAACAUUAUCAAAAAUGUAAUGACUGACGAGAAUGUUCUGGCCAUGGUUCGUAAUACAGUGUUAGGGUUGCAGGAGGCCGAUGCCACAGCAGUUUAUGAACCUACUCUAACCCGUGCCAAGACCAAGGAGCUGAUGAAACAGAAAGGAGCCAUAAGUACCGUCAACAUCUGGGCAGGACUUUCCAAUAGCACCGAGAGAGUAAAACCAGCUGUCUACCAUGAGACCCGAGCUCUGGCCACCACUGAGUUCCCUGAGGAAGAUGAGGAUGAGGAAUAUCGUCCGGAUGCAGAUGAGCAGCUACAUAGUGAUGAUGAAAGUUUUGUAUCAACUGGAUUUGGCAGUGAUAUGGGCUCCCCAUACACUCCAUCCACCCCUCAGUCGCAGUAUACUUCAGGAUCUCGAAGCUGUGUCAAUACACCUGCUUCCUCUUGCAUGAGUACUCCAGUUGAGCAGCAUGUCCAGCCCUUCAAAGCACCCACAUUGCAACAAAAGGCAGUACAGAGGGCACUGACUUUUGACAGUGCUGUUAGCAAUAAGGAAGAACUUGUGAGUCAGCGCACAAGAUCGAAACUUCCCCUGACAGAGACACCUCUAGAGUGCCUAGAGAUGGCCUUCAAACCACCAGAUGUGACCAAAGAUAUGUAUGGGACAGUGGUUGAUGAUGAAGAGUGGAAGAGGUUCCUUAUUGACUUCAUCCAUCCACUAAACAAUGUGGAAGGCAAUGAAGAUGAAGAGGCUGACCCAGAGUACAAUAUCCUGGAGGAUAAGGAGGAUGACCUGGACUUGAGAGAGGAGAUGAGGGGUGACCGAGCUGUCCAGAUCUCAAAGAAAGAAAUCAAUGAGCUCAUGACAGAACUCCUUGACACCCUAGUGGAUAAUGGCAAGAAUGCUCCAGUGCGUGCUCACCUCUCACAGCAGUUCCGGUACAAGGAGAAGAAAUACGAAGUCAACAUUCCCAAGGUCGACCAGCAUAAAGAUAAUAUAGAAGUCCCAUGUCCUAGUGCUAUCUGGGUAGAAGUGCUCACAGCAAAGUUUACUCCUAAGCAAUUGGAAACACUUAAGUGUCAAAUGACUCAACAUGUUCAAUUACUCCUCACCUCAUGGCUGCUUUGUAGUGGAUACUCUGCUAUGGAAAAUGUUGCCAAGGAUUAUCUUGAGAUCUUGAAAGAAGUUAAGAAGUAUGAGGAGACAAGUGAGUACUCCAACACAUACUUCAGGACAGUGAAUUUGGAUGCUGCUCUGGAGACAAUAGAAAUGGUGAAAAAGAAGGCAGAGAAUCAAAAAAUACCAAAUCAGGAAAGGAAAAAAGUGACAGAGCUGAACAAGUUUGUGAUUGACUGUAUCUUAGAGUCCAGGGGUUUCCCCUUUCCAAAACUACUACCAACACGGAUGCUCCACCUGCCAGGUCCUGCUACAAAGGCAAAGUUUGCCCCUUCAGAGGAUGCGUUAAUUGCCAUGGGGUUUGAGCGUUAUCUGGACCCUAAGCACCGCAGCACAGAUGUCAGUCGUCGCUCUACGAAGAUGAUCGAGGCCAUUGGCAGCACAGUGCAAAACAUUGUGAUUGCCAAAACAGCAGACCAGGUUUUCAACAGGAUUAUGAAUAUCAAGAGAAAAACCCCAGAAGACCAGGCCCCAAAUGUGAUUUAUGAGUACCUGGGCACAGGUGUCCUGAAUAUCCCAGAGGCUGAGCCUGAACCCUUACUGCCUUGCGUGCCCUGCCCUGUAUAUGAUUACCCAGAUGACUGUGUGGAAGGCCUGUGGCAGAAACUGAUCAGGGAGAAGAAGAAGCAUAUCUUGGGCCUUAAGCACCAGGAAAUCCUCAGGGAGAAGGCUGCCAGAGCCAAGGCAGAAGCUGAGAAGGCCAAGAUGCGCCCUCCACCUCCACCAGUUCAGAACAUCCUAAUUAUCCAAUCACCGAAUGGAAGUACACAGCUUAUCAUACCCAACAACAUUGGCCCAAUAGUGACGCAGCCCAACAUAGUCUUGCCACCAAACAACAUUACACCAGCCAUCAUUCAGCCUACCACAGCUCCUACCACAGCUUUUCUACCCAUCAGCAACCAGCCACUUGUACUUAACAUGAUGGAAGACGCAACACCUGUAACGUCUAUUCAGACUUCUGGGGCCCAAAAUGUGCAGUGUGUUCCAUCUGUGGGAAUGAGCUCAGCACUGACAGUCAUGCCUUUAUCAAAUGUGACCAUGGCAGCUGCAAGCACAACUACUGCAGAGGUUGUAGGAACUAGUCAGUGGAAUCCAGCCACUGGCACUCCAACAGUGACAUCAGUUCAGACAACUGAGAGUAAUGCCACAGCUGUCAUAACACCCUUCACAGAGCAGGAGAAUGAUAUCCAUUGCCAAAGCAAUGAUCCUUUGCAAGAACAGAAUACUGAGUGUCAAGAUGAAGACAGGCCUCCUCUAACAGAAAACAAUGGAGAGGAGAAAGACACAGUAGCAGAAGGCAGUGAUGGUGAGUCACUACCAGACUUCAUGGGUGAAGACAACAUGCAAGCAAACUUUGAAGCCUCAUCAGCCACCUGUAAGUCUUCAGAUGUUGAGAGUCAGUCCUGUACAGAUAGCCAAGGGAACAAAAAUAUCACCUCAACAUUGAAGACUACUUUAUGCACUCCUCUGAAGAUGAAUCCCACUAACACAAGUAGUGUACCUACCCCUCUUCUCCACAUGCCCUCUCUGUUAGCCACACCACAAAAGGUAGAUGAAAAAGGACCAUCAGCUGUGUGUGUGUCUUUUUCUCCACUUAAGACCCCAGUCAUAUCCAUCCCCACACCUGACAAGUCCCUUUCAACACCAGAGAAAAGACUUUCAGAAAUCAUUACACCAGCAUUCAUACUUGAUGGACAGUUGCAAUCAAAGUCACAUGUUAAAUCAUUAGAGUCAUCACUGUCAGAUAGCAAUAGUGUAAUUAGUAGUGUGGACAAUACAUCUGCAGUUAGUACAUCUGCAAUUAGUCCUACAAAAAGUGUUUCAAGUGCUUGCAGUGAGAAUAUAGAAAUCCAAGAGAAUCAAAACAAAAGUAAUGUGUCUGCACCACACAUAAAUCAAAGCCCCAAAAGUAUCAGUGAAAACGAAGCUGAGUGUGGAAACAGUACACCAUCAAAAACAAACAGUAUAACCUUAGUUACUUCGGUCUACCAGAGCCCUAUUCUGUCAUCUGAAGUACGGGAAGCAACAGGUUCCAUAACCGUAAUGAACCUCACUCCAAAAAAAUCAAAGCCUGCAUUGAGAAGAAUCUCUCCAGCCAAGAUUCUUCGGUCCCCUAUGAAAACAUCCCCCAUGAAACAAGUCUCUCCCAUUCUGAGAAAGUACCACAGGUAUUCCCCCAAGAAGCGCAGGAAUUUGCCCAGCAGCAAAAAGCUUUCUCCAAUUCUUCCUAAGAUUCUUCCUCCAAGGAAAAGAACAUUAAAACCAAAACCUGUUAAAACACCACCCCUUGUUCAGGAAUCGGUUAACACAAGAGGGAAGAACAAGAAGAGUUCAGGCUCUCAGAGCUACCUGCAUAGUGAACAGAGACAGUCUGAUGGAGACCUGGUCCAGAUGGAGGACGAGAUGGUGCUGGAAGCAGAUGCAGGAAGUGAGGCUGCAGGGGAGGCAGUGAGUGAUAGUGCCAGUGACACAGGGCAGUCCAAAGCAGAUGAAGUCCAGCAGUCAGAGGAAGAGUUUGAAGAAGAUUACUUGGAAGAAGAAGAGGAGGAGGAGGAAGAGGCAGCCCAAGAACGAGAGGAGCACCUUGCCGCUCUCCUGAAAGCCUCUUCAACAAUUGCAUGGCGAAGGGGUGGAUGUGAUGCCUCAGAGAGGAAGCUCAGUGGGGGAGGAGAUGCCCCAGGAGAAAGGAGGCUAAACAAACAACAGCGAAGGUUGCAAGCUCGCAUCACCGCUCUUUCAAGUGUGCCUGAUACAGUUACACAAGACAAAUUUAUGGCACAGAGCUACCUUAUGAGAGUGCGGGAGGCACUGACAGGGAAGGAUCCCUCUUUGUUCAGGGAGUUUCUCUAUAUCCUCAAUGAAUUUACUGAGAAUCAAACCAGCACUCCACUUGAACUGUAUGGGCAGUUGUGUGAGCUUUUGAAGGAUUUCCCACAUCUCACAGAGGAGUUUGUGUCUUUCCUGCUCCCCCAGCAAGCUAUGGCAAUAGGCAAAUAUGCUCAAUAUUGUGCUAUUCACCGCAUGAGGGACUUCUUAGAGAAACUGGAGCUGCAGUUCCGCAAACAGCCCCAGUAUAUCCAGAAGAUCAUCAGGAUGCUCCAGUCUCUCCAGAAUCGGCCAGACUUUGAGAUUGAGGAUGUGAAGGCAGCCAUGGCCCCUUUGCUAAGAUAUCCGCAUCUCGUGGAGUGUUUCAUGCAGUGCUUCCCCUCACAAGCUCCAGCACCCAGCCUAUCCAGUGACUUUGAAGAUGUGUCACUGGACCAACCAGGCACACCAGACAGUGCAGAGAACCUGGUACUGCCUGAUGAUGAACUGAACACCUCACCUGAUCACUGUGUUUGUCCUUGCCAUGUCUCUGAUACCCGCACCACAGCCACUGCAACAGCACAGCAUGGCUCUUCUGGCUCAGCUCGCAAUGAUCACUGUCAGUCCUGUGCCAUAAGGUUUUCUGAGGGAAGAGUUUACCUUCAGUAUGGCAAGACACUGCGUCCAGCUAGGGUCACUUACUGCAAUGGAGAUUCCAAGGAAGAAAAAGACAGUGAGGCAAAGGAAGGAGGCAGAUCCCAAAGUGGUGGUGGAGGUCCUCAGAAUGAUGUGGAAACAGGCAGCAGAGUAAAGACUAGUGUGGCAAGGAAGUCAAAGGACGCUACGAAUAGUGAAAGUAGUUCAUCAGUGAGAAACAGUCUGGUAGAAAACAAAGAUAAAUCAGGAGGUAAUCAUGGAGAUAAAAGAGAAUAUAUUGAUAGGAGAAGACAUGAUGAAUCAUUAGACCUCAUGAGUGAUGAUGUAUCAAGUAGGAGACAGGAAAAUACUUACAAUAGGAAAGAUAAUUCUGAUAGCAAGAGUGCUCAACCAAAGAGAAGUUCUAAUGCUAAGGAAAGGAAUGAGAAAAGUGAUGGAGGGAGUGGGUUUGCUGGUGCUGGCUUUGAAAAGUCUUCAGCUCAGGGGAAGAGCAAUGCUGGUCGCAGUUCCCAGAAAACCAGUAAUAAGAAACCUUCCUUCCUCGUGUGUUCUCCACCGAAAGAGGUGCAUAAUGAGAAUGCUGUCUUGCCUUCAUGCCCAAGAACAAAGAACUUACAGAACUUCAGCUCUGUUGGAGAACUCUUAGCUCCACAUGUGGUAGAAGAGAGACAAAGACAUAGUUCGAAUACUUCUGGUGAGGAAGAACAAAUGGAGUUUAGUCCUAGAUCUCAGAAUGUGACUCAGGACAUACCCAACACACCCUUAACCAAGAGUUUGAUAGCCAAAGAAAGUCAGAAUUUGACUCAUUUGUCAAAAGCUUCCACAGUGUGCAGUCCAAGAAGGUCCACAUACUCAGAGAACACAUCUUCGUCUUCCUUGUCCUUGUCAUCUUCAGUUUGUACUUCAGGCAUGGAGAUUACCCCUUCCACUGUCCUAGCCAAGGACCUAGAACUGUCCUCUUCACUCUCUCUCCCUGCAACAACUUUAGGGAGCAGAAGUGUAGGUUCAUCUAAUGCAGACAUCAUCCCUCCACAAGUGCAGUGGAGCAAAGAAGAAGAUAUGAGAAUUUUAUCCUUGGUGCAGCUGAAAGGAGCUACUAGCACAGCUUUUCAAGAAAUUGCCAGGCAGAUACCAGGGAAAACUUGUUCUGAGGUGCAAGAACGCUUCAAUGCUUUGAUGAAAUUAAUGAUGGAAGAGGCAGGCAUGGAUGAUUCCAUAUCCAUCAGCAGUGAAGACAGCUAUGCGUGAUAGAUGUUACUGUUAGGGAAGUCAUAUUUGGUGAUUUUUAUUUUUUUUUUAGAACAUGAAUGUCUUUAGAUUACCAACUCUAGUUUUCUUUUGUAUAUCAUUGUGAUCUUUGUCCUAUUGAUGUUAUUAUUUUUCUCU